AGUUUGGAAACAAGUGGUACAAAUCCUGUACCAAUGUUGGCCCUGCUUUGUUUGUGAGUCCACAACUCUCAUAUAAAGCAAGAACUAUAGUAUUUUGCUCAGGCUCAUGAGUUGAAUAUUGAUGUCCUCCCUAAAAAAUUGUAGUAGUAGCAGCAAGUUAUAUUUCCAGGACAUCAGGCACCUGGGAUUGCUAAAACCUGCUACAGUUUCUGACCCAGAAAAGCUAGACUAACCCUGUAUGUGCAUUUCACACACCUACAUACAAAAAAAAGUGCUUUUGUGUGUGGUUACAUGGCAACUCCUCAACCACUAUUUUAAAAAGACCCUUUCCCAAAAGAUUAAUAUAACAUUUACAAGACAUAACUGGUACACUCAUCACUGUGGUACUCCCACAAUGAAAAUGCUAGACCCAGGCACCUGAAGUGAACUCCUUCUUGGCGACAUAUCAAACUGGGGGAGGGAGGGGCAGUGGUUUUGGUGGGCCUAACUCCUCUAAGUAAGUGGGUGUAGAGUUUCACCUGGUGUUUGUUUGUUUUUUGCAAGAGCUCAACACCUCAGCAAACCAGGCCACCUAUUAAAAGAGCUAAAUGUAGAUUUGAGUGCUUAAGUCCAAGCAUCUAUAUUUGAAAACGUUGAUCUCAGAGCUGAAAGGCCUUAUCCCACUGCCUUGUGAAACAAGAAACAAUUUUAAGUAAAAUGUGUUCUUAUUACAGCAUGUAUUGGGUGUGGUUUUUUAAAAUGUCCAUUUAGAAAAUUAUUCUCUUUUUAUUUUUUAAAUGAGUAUAUGCCUAAAGUGAACAACAAAUACUACAAAAUAAUGCCUGGUUCUGUCACUCCCAUAAAUCUUGUAAACCAUCCUGUGAUCUUCGGAUGAAGGCUGGUAUAGAAAAUUAAUAAGAACAACAACAACAACAAUAAAUGCCUUAUUUCAUAAUUCCUCAUCUAUACACAAAAUGCAAGCAUUCUUUCAGGUCGCCGCUUACUAUUGGCAGAAAGUGCCUGUUUGGUAACAGAGAGAGGCUAUGCAAAUAAAAUAUUACUUGCAUGGCUGUAGUUUUAAGGGGCAGCAAAAUCAAACCCUGGUGUGAGCAGAAUUCAUACAAAGGCAGACUGGGGUUGAAAAUGUUGCAAUGAAGAAUGUAGAAUGAGAUGAGAUCACAGCAUCAGUCUCUCCUUUGUGGACGUGGACAAUGAUCACAGAGCCAGAUGGGAUUAGUGAAACCUAUUUACCAGAAGUUCAGAGCAGUUGCAUGAAGCCGAUAGGCAGCCAGGAGGGAGCGGUGAAAAAUGCACCAGAUUUACAGUUGCAGUGAUGAAAAUUUAGAAGUCUUCACUGUGAUUUCUUCCAAAUCAUGUAGCCCAGUCAGAAGAAAAGCCAAAAGUACUCAGUGCAUCCUGCCGAAAAAGGUGGUAGCAGUGUCUGACUAUCAUCUUCAGGGGACAGAGGAGCUGCUGUCACACCAAGGAGAUCUCAUUCAAGUCUUCUGCAAAGAUGAAGAAGGGCAGAGAUUCAGUCAUGUGCAGAACAGGCAGCAAGGAUUCUUCCCUAGUCCCUCCAAAUGUUCUGCAAGACACACCGGAAUUUCUAAACAAAGGUCAUUCUGCUAUAGCAGUAGCCUGGCAGAUGCACAGACUUUGCAGCCUCAGGGACCCCCAGUCUCCCAUCACAAUGCAAGAUGGAUUGCAGCCACAGAACCAGCCAUGAGGGAUAGUGUAUUUGCAGACGAGCACAGAAGGUCCUUGCAGAAAAAUAUUGAAGAUGACACAAGUCCAACUCAAGGAACGGAGGAGGCCUCUUUACCUCUAACGGGCAGCAUUUUGCAUGGAACACCAAGCCUCCUGCGGAAAAUAUGGAUGAAACAUAAAAAGAAGUCAGAAUACUGGGGGGCCACAAACAGUGCCUUUGAGGCAGACUGACAACCCUCAGCCUUGCUUGUGCAAGCAGAGGUUUCUUCAACUAAGUACAGAACGCUGUCAUAUAUACCUGAUAUCGGAUGUAGUGUGGCACACACUUAUCCCAAAAAACAAAACAAAACAAAACAAAACUUCUACAGAAUCCACAGGGGGCGGGGGGUGGUUUAAAGACUGCAUCCUAUGCAAACAAUUCAGCUUAUAUAUUUUGCACAUGCUUCUGAUAUGCUUCUUGUUAACAGAUUCAGCUGUGAUCAUUGCAUCAACCCAGCAUUUCUUAUUCUAUCCUGGUUCAUCUGGAUUUGUUGGGAAAAGGCCAAGAGAAAUUUACUGUAUCCUCAACAGACCUCACGUCAACAACACCGUGCCAUUUAGAGUACAGUCCUGCAAUUUAUCGUGUGAUGCUACUUUUAAAUCAGUGAUAUGCUGGCUUGUAGGUUCAGAAUCAACUUGUUUGCUUAGGAAGCUUUGAGCAUGACAGAGGAUUCACAGAAGAAUUCUUCUGCAAUCAUUCAGUUCACCUAAAUUAACUGUUCACCUACUGUUGCACCACACCAACAGAGAGUGCACCCCUGCACAGAGAUGAGGGAAUCUGUGGCCCUCCAGAGAUUCCUGGACUCCAUCCUCCAUCAGUCCCAGGCAACAUGGCCAAUGGUCAGGGAUGAUGGGGGUUGUAGUCCACCCCACCAUAUCAUAUGCUCAACGCUCAAGGUGGUGGUCAACCUGCCUUUUCUAUUACUGAUAUUCUCAUCAAUGCCUGCUCCACUCUUUCUCACACACAUGUACACAUUAAACUUCCAAAGAACUCUUGGAUUCUUUGGAACAUGGUUUUAAACUGUUGCUCUAAGCUAUGCCCAGUUACCAGAACUGGCCCAAGAUAUUUUGCUGCCUGAGGCAACGUACAAGAUGAUGUCCCUCCUCCCCAUUUGACAUAUAGAAGCCAUGGAGCUGGCAGUGUAAUCUGACAUUGACACCGAUGCCAGAAAAGCAUCUUCCGCCACACCUGAGGCCAGCAGGCUACCUUAGGUAUGUCAAGAGAAGCUAUGUGGGGAAGGGUCGUAGCUUAGCAUUAGAUUAUCUGUUUUGCAUGCAGAAGGUACUGGGUUCAAUCAUUGGCAAAUCCAAGUAGGGCUGGGAAUGUCCACAGUCUGAAAGCCUAGAGAGACACUGCCAGCCAAGGUAGACUGAACUAGAAGGACCAGUGGUCUGAUUCAGUAAAAGGCAGCUUCCUAGGUGGCCACAUUCUGCCUUCCAGAACCUUGCUGAUGUUUGCUCACUGCUCUCCCUGAUGUUUACUUGCUGCCAAAUCAAGCAAAAAACUGCAACACAGCAGUAGCAAUGGGAGCAUGCAGCAUGAGAGCAGAGCAACAUAUGGACACAUGUGAAAAAUCUGCUGGAAGAUGUGGGGUGGCUGCCUCUAUGCCUGUUUGGCUCAAUCAAGGACCUUUCCCAGUCCUGCUAUUUGUGAUACAGUGGAAGAAGGCAACUAGGUAGGACAAACAGCCCAGGUUGAAAUAUUUAUCACAAGGUACCACUUGCUCAUGAGGAUGAGAAUGAUCAGAAUGGCUGUACCCUAGUUUCUCUUCAGAUCGUAUAAAUCUUUCAACUUUUACUAAAGAUCAGAAUGACUAUCACUGUCCCCUAGCAUUCGCCACCUGAGACAUCUGCCUCAUGGUAGGACCAGCCUGAGCAGCCGAUUUAAAAAAUAAUAAUAAUUAAAGAAAUGCACCACUCUGUGCAGCCAUGUAUCAUCACAUCUAAAACAUUUUGUUGCCAGAAAUCGUAAUAACUAAAUUCAUUGAAGAAUAGUGCAUCAGUGGCUAGUUAGCAGGAAAGUCUUGCUUCUGGAAAGGCCCCUACUUUAGCUUUUGGUUAUAUGUGAAAUAAUAGCUUUAAACAGUAUUGAG